GGAGGGUACAGGCCCCCGGUUGUGGGUCGGCGGCUUCACAUCUGUCUGAAGCGGCGAGCGCGCAGCGGUCCCGUCGGCGCCAUGUCGUUCUGCAGCUUCUUCGGGGGCGAGGUUUUCCAGAACCACUUUGAGCCGGGCGUCUACGUGUGUGUCAAGUGUGGCUAUGAGCUCUUCUCCAGCCGCUCCAAGUAUGCGCACUCAUCCCCAUGGCCGGCCUUCACCGAGACCAUCCAUGCUGACAGUGUGGCCAAGCGUCCAGAGCAUAAUCGGCCUGGAGCCAUAAAGGUGUCCUGUGGCAGGUGUGGCAACGGGCUGGGCCAUGAGUUCCUGAAUGAUGGCCCCAAGCGGGGACAGUCCCGCUUCUGAAUAUUCAGCAGCUCGCUGAAGUUCAUCCCUAAAGCUAUUUUUCCUCUGUCCUUGUGGAGAAAGAAGAGACUCUGUGUUCUCCUGCAGAUCUCAAGGAACAAAACAGGCACAGAGACUCCCCCAAGCUGGGUGUCUGGGUCCUCCCCGCUUCCCUGGCCUGCAGGCUGGAGUGAGGGUGGGCUAGCCCUGGGCAUGGUGUCUAAAACAAAAGUUGGCAGUGACUUGUUUUUCUCUCCCCAGGCAAAGAAACUUCUGCCUCCCAGGGACAGUAGGCGGGCAGCCCAUAUCCAUCCUAGAUGGACACCGCAUCGUGGCUACACUCUGGCCAUCCCACCUUGGAAGUGGAACCCCAGACAUUCAGGCUUGGGGGAGGGUGGAUAGCUGAAACAUCGGGAAGGCUCCCAAGGCCUUGGCUGUGAACAGGCUCUCCUUGGGAAAAGGCUGCCAGAAUGGGCCUGGAGGGCCCCGCCGUCAGCUCAUCUUGGCCUCCUGUUCACACAGGGGUCUCAGGGAGUGGGCUCUAGGCCCGGCUCAUCUUUGAAUGAUGGUGCACCCCCCACCUUCUCUCCUCCUCAGCCCCCUCCCUGCCUGUCUGGACUCACCCCUGGGGGGCCCAGUUCUGAAAUGGCUCUGGCCCACCUCCCCCAGGCUGUGUUGGGAGACAGAAUGCAAACAGAGGCAGCCCCAGCUGGCUGCUCCAGACUGUCACUCCAUGAUUCACUCUGGUGAAACCCUUCCUGGCAGCCAGAGUGGUGAUGAUCGUGACCUGCUCGGGGAGCAGGCAGAGGGGACAGAUCCCUGGUGUCUCAGUUAUGAAAUCCUGAACCCUGUUGCCCAAUCUGUGUGAAAACUGCUUGCCUCACUUGGGCUUAGGAAAGCAGUUGUUGCUCCAUUACCUUGAUUGUGCAAGGCUGGGGAGCCUGGAGCUCACAGACUACAGUUCACCCCUUCCCAGGAUACAGUGCCCAUGCCUUACUGCACCUGCUCUGAGGCUCCUGCCAUUGGGGAGGGUGGGUAAAGCCCCCUCCUAUCUUGAAUCCUCUGUAGGGUCAUCAGGAGGAGAUCAAUAAACAAAUGGAACCCA